UUUUAUAAAAAAUCCUCGAAUUGACGCAAGUCCGGCAGAAUUUGCUUAAUUAGUUCUUACGUUUACAUCAUGCACCUUGUACAAUAUUUAUACGUACCUAAAUGGACAUUAUUGAUAUUGCCGAAAAUUAUUUUUCCACUGUCGACAUCUAGCGGUUUAUGCUUGUAGUGUAUCGCCGACAUGCGUGCACGCCUGCACGGUGCAGAUUACUGUUACGCAGUAUGGACAGGUGAUUCGUCCUAUAGUUUGUUUACCAAGUGUAUUUGUGUAAUGAUUUUCGUAAGCGAAAAAUGACAGAAGAAAAAGUAGGUACACUCGUGGAGGAGGCUCUGAAACGAAAGCAAAGGCUGCAGAGUUUAAAAAGGAAAAAGGAUGAAAGUGCACAGGAUAAGAGCAUUACUGAUAAACUUCCAGCACCGAGAUUCAGAAGUUAUAAGCCACAGGAUGAGUCAUUGAAAAAAAUAGCUCUUGAAGAUGCCAAGGCUGGUGAUGUGGAAGCUGAGGUUCAGGAUCAACUUGAAGCAGCCACUGCAAAACCAGUCAUUGAAGAAUUGGACAUUAGUAAUCUUGCACCUCAAAAGCCUGAUUAUGAUCUGAAACGACAUGUAGCAAAAAAGUUGGAUAAACUUACGAGAAGAACUCAAAAAGCCAUAGCUGAACUGAUUAUGGACAGGUUGAAAGCAGAACAAGAUCUCGCUACAGCUGUUAACAUUGGAAGUGAAGUCUCAUCCAAAAAUUAAUGUAUAUAAGUCAAGAUGUAAAUAUAAAAGCAGCAUAAUUUCAUUUUUUACUUUCAUACUUUCAUUAAAUCAAGUUAGAUUUGUAGUUUUUCAAAAAUGAUUUUCCAAGUUAAGGAUUUUAAUGAGACAACAAAAUAAUAACUGAUAAUAAGACUAGGAAUACUGAUGUUGAAUUUUAAUAUUAUUCUCGUCUUAAUUCUUAAAUAUUUUACAAUCAAUUUUUCAUAAAAUUGUACACAUAAAACAAGGGUAUCAAUUUUAUGCACGAUUUCAAUUUAUACUAAAUUUUAUAAUUGUACAAUAUGGAUAAAACAAUAUUGUUUGUCUAAUGUAAACAAUUAAAAAUAAUGCCUUCCAAGAUCAAAGUGGUUUUAUUCUUUACAAGAGUUUUUGCUAUAAACGUUUAUGAUGUUGAGGUAAGUUGCAAGACUACAGUCAUUUCCAUGUAUGUAUAUGUGCAAAUUAUUUUUACUUACAUUAAUCUUUUCUUGUGUACUAAUAAAAUCUUGGAGGACCUUAUUUUGCAUACAUUACAAGCAGUUACGUACA